CUCCGGUUUUUGUCCCUGCCUGGAUACCGUCCUUCCUGAUGUGGGUGUGGACACUUACCCAGAUGACUACACAAAUAAUGGAGGAGAAGCUAGAACAGUAGUCUGUCUCUUACAAGUUAGAAAAAUAGUUUAAAAUCGGAUCGGGUUCACAUUCCCUUCCUGGUUGCAAAUUGUAGCUGGGAUGCUGUAUCAGAAUGGGAAAUCUUUUUGGAAAAAAGAAACACACCCGAGUGACAGAGCAAGACAAAGCGAUUUUGCAACUGAAACAGCAAAGAGAUAAGCUGAGGCAGUACCAGAAGAGGAUCAACCUGCGGCUGGAGAAGGAGAGAUUUUUAGCCAAGCAGCUGCUGAAAGAUGGGAAAAAAGAGAAAGCACUCCUCUUGCUGAAAAAGAAGCGCUACCAGGAUCAACUCCUAGACAAGACGGAGAACCAGAUAGGCAACCUGGAGCGCAUGGUUCAAGACCUGGAGUUUGCCCUGAUUGAAAGGAAAGUCAUUGAUGGGUUGAAAGUUGGAAAUGAAUGUCUGAAAAAAAUGCACGAGGUGAUGUCUGUUGAAGAAGUAGAACGGAUUAUGGAUGAAACCCAAGAUGCAAUUGAGUACCAAAGGCAAAUAGACGAGAUGCUGGCUGGCUCUUUAUCACAAGAAGAUGAAGAUGCUGUACUGGCUGAGCUGGAGGCCAUAACUCAGGGAGACGUUGAGCUUCCUGAGAUUCCUGCAGACGAGCUGCCAGAAGUCCCGGAGGCCACAGAGGAGAGACCAGAGAGGGAUCGUCCCAGAAAGAAGCCAGAGCGAGAGCUGCUUGCUGCGUAGGAACGAGACUGACCUCCCUCAGCUGGCCUGCUGGACCUUCUCCACGACGACACUCAAGUUCUGCAUAAACAUACAACCACACAAACAUUUGCUGGAGAACUCGCUCCCCUUCAGAGGCCUGCGAGAAAGCGACAGCGGCCACUCUCAGAUACUGGGCUUCCUCCAUCCCACCCAGCCGCUGUGUCCUCGUCUGCUGCAGGUCGACACUCGAAGGCAGGACUGGUUCACAGCAGUUCCCUCGAUUCAUUGGAGAAAUGCUGAUUUGAACCACGAUGACCUGUGACAUCAGAUAAUUGUGCCUAACUUUUGUUCACCACUAAAUCAUUUUACACUGACUUCACUUAAAUGCAUGCAGGUGUUUCUUAUUGUAAUUCAUCAAAUCGUCCUCACACAUCUUCUCCUAAUGCAAAUAGUUUGUAAUUUAUAGUCUAUAAAGGGUCAAUUCACCCAAAUUACAAAAAUACUUAUUUGUCCACUUACAUAGUUUUAUCUUAUGUUUUUGUUUUAUAUGUCCAGGUUUUUAGAUAUUUAGAGAUUAGUGGAAUUUAAUUUGCGACGCUCAAGGAAUUGGAAAAAUGAUAUUCAAAAAAAUUCAGAAAACAAUGUACAAAUUACACUGGACAAUACACAGAUCGUGCUGUGAACAGUUUUUAUUGGGACUACUUUCUAGAAGAAAUACUCUGUAAAGAUCUUAACAUCCAACUGAAAUUAAAUAGCUAUUUUUCUCUGCUAUAGCGUACAUAUCUGCUCUGUAAAUCACAUGUGCAGUGUUGAGGAAAAAAAUCAGAAACCAAAUAACAGAGAAAUUUAUAUUUAAUAUUUUUUGGUUUCAUGAUGGCGCUCUCUAUCUUUGCAUUCAUUUGGCAGCAUACCGUAAGGUCUCAGUCUAUGUAGAUGGAGACCUUUUUUUUUUCUUGCUUUUAGUAAUAAAAACAAAUAUUCACGAUAAAUUAAAAACACUGACAUUAUUUUUACCUGCAAAAAGUCUAAAUGACUAAAUGUGAUUUCAGUUGGACUUAAAUAUCUGAGCAAAUAAAACCAAAACUGUCUACAUUGCCAGACAGCAGCAGGAUUGAGUGAUUUAAAUUUUUUAUUGUAGUUUUAGUGAACUGACCCUUUAAGGCAGGCACGAUGAAAACAUAACCCAUGCUCUGUAGUCUUCGGCAUUGUCUUCUCACAGUACAGGCCUUGUCUGCCUCAGUCGCCCCAGCUGGAGAUCUUUGCUUUCAUACGAGUUAUUUGACCCACCCUGUAACUUUUUCUAAAGUACCGAAACAUUUGCAUAAGCAUCUGUUUCGCAGAAUAUUCUCUCAGUCUGACCCCUUUUCAAGAGGCUUAACUAAUCUAAUUCUCUGCUCCCCUUGUGGAUUAGUCCAGUGUCAUUGGAGAAAGGGCUAAUCAUAUCGUCUAUGGGCUUACCUAUGAAGCCCAGACAACAGUUGUUAAUCUCUUCAUGGUAAUAACUUGACAGAACCUGGAUCUUUACCCACGGAGUAUUAUUAACGCAGGGGCCUGUAAUUAUUUUACUGUGCAUAUCAUGCUCCGAUUCGCUUGUAUAGAUCUGUGUUAAAUUGCAGCAGGAAUGAUGGCCUACAUUCGUGAGGCUUAAGCUUUUGUAUCUUUGAAGAUCCAUCUAACUAAUCUGUAAAUCAGUUAAUCUUGCAGACAGAAAACACUGAUGACUAAUACUGUAAGGCUGCAGACGUCAUUUCAUCAGUACAACAUCAAACUGGUCGUCUUAAAAUUGAUUUGAAAAUUGUACCUCUCUCUGUACAUUCUUUUUACAAUAAAAGUGUUUUUUUAUCGUCAUAA